AUGGAUUCUGUUCUAGAACCCAUCAUUGAGACGGGCAAGGAAACGUUUUGUGUAGAAAUAAUGAAACGCUUGGAUUGCCAGCGAAGGAACGGUCAUUUGUGUGAUGUGAUUCUAGAAGUUGGCCCAGGCGAUGAUCAAGCUCGCUUGAAGGCACACAGAAACGUGUUAUGUGCUGCUAGUCCGUUCUUUUAUAAUGCCCUUAAUACUGAGAUGAAAGAAAAGGAAGAAAGAGUUAUUCGAUUGAAAAAUUUAAAGAAAGACUUGAUGGAAGAAGUGUUGGAGUAUUUUUACACAGGUCAUAUUAAUGUCGAUGAUCUGAAUGAUAAGGAGGCAAUUGAAUUGAUGGCGGCAGCUGAUUAUUUUCUUGUUACAAGCUUGAAGCUUCUCUCCAGUAAGUUUAUUCAAGAAACUUUGAAUAAUUCAAACUGCCUUCUUGUUUAUUAUUCCAGCGUUAAGUAUCAAUGUUCAGAAUUACAAGAGGCCGCCAGAAAAUUCAUUCUUGCCAACUUUGUAGCUGUGACAAAAUCAGACGACUUUCUUAAUUUGAGCAUGGAGCAAGUUGAAGAGUGGAUUUCAAGUGAUGAGAUCGUUGUAAAAAGCGAGGAAGAAGUUUUUUUGUCUGUCUUGAUCUGGACUGAAAAGAAUAUAAAUGAAAGAAAACAAAGUUUCUUUGACUUGUUUCGCCAUGUUCGGUGUCUUUAUGUACCACGUAAUUUCCUCAUCACGGUCAUUUUGCAACAUGAUCUUGUCAGAGGACAAAAAGAAUGUUUAGAUUUGGUUUUAGAUUCCCUGAAAGAGCUUUCAGAUGAAACGGGAACAUGUGUUUUCAAGCAGUCACCCAGAAACUGUUUGGACACCCUUGAAGAUGUUGUAUUUGCAUUUGGAGGUAAAGAUGGUAACAAAGCAAUGUGUUACCUGCCAUCCCAGAACAAGUGGUUUAAGAUAAGAGACAUGGCAUGUACCCGAAAUCCUUACGCUUUUGCCACAAGUACAUACCAAGGUAAACUGUAUGUCAUUGGUGGGAAUUUAUCACACUCUCUUUUUAACAAACAGGCAGUUGAAUGCUAUGACCCAUCGCUGAACACUUGGUCAUCUAUCCGUUCUUUCCAACAGGAAAUUACUUUUACUGCUGCUGUCACAUUCCAGGGAUAUUUGUAUGUCAUUGGUGGGACAGAUAGCUCAAAAUGUGUGCUAAGUGCAGUGAAGCGAUAUGAUUCUGAAACAAACUUGUGGCAGGAAGUUUCACCCCUGAAUAAUGCUAGAUCCAGUAUCUGUGUGGUAGCUGAUAAAAACUAUAUAUAUGCCAUUGGAGGGUAUAUAAAUUCUACACCAGGAAAAUGCCUUGAUAUUGUUGAAAGGUUUGAUCCUAAAUUUAACUCCUGGAACAGAAUUGCACCAACUCAAGCAAAGAGGAGGAAUGCUGCUGGCGUAAGUUUGGAGAGCAAAAUAUUUGUUUUUGGGGGUGUUGAUCUGUCUGGUGGAUGUCCUUGUGAAGUUUAUGACAAAGAGACAAAUGUUUGGACUGAGAUUGAAAGUGACAUUGCCCCAAAGUACUCUACAAGUGCUGUUCGUCUCCAAGGUCAGAUCUUUGUGUUCAGCCGAUUUGGCGAGAAUCAAAAUUUACUCCAAGAGCAGACAUUGAAAGUUUAUAAUACUGAUAAAAAUGAAUGGAAACCUUGCUCUAAUGCCUCACUGGGCUCCUUGUUUUAUAGGGUUUCUGCUGGAAAGGUUUUGAAAGAAGUAUUGCUUUCCUGAAGCACUUGAAAUUUUCCCUUCCCUUUCAGUUUGUGACAUUAAGGAGUUAUGAAGUAAUUUGAAGGUUUUUUGCAGUAACUGGAAGGUACAAAUUCUUGCCAGUUGAUUAGCCUAUUACUAUAUAUUGCAGGUAAUGAAAAAGAUCUGUUACUAAAGUGUUGUAAGUGAUUUGUAAAGAGGACCUUUAGUGCUGUAAGUUACCAGUGACAGUCAGUUGGGAAAAAUUGUGCAGUUAGAAUGCAAGAACAUUAAAGAGCCAGUUCUUGAAACUGUCAAUUGCCUCUCGGAGGAUACAAUACAGCUGCUUUAUUAGAAAAUCUUUCUCCCCCCUUUCUGUGAUUAAGUCUCUGUAUUUCUUUUCUUGACGUUGAGAUUCCAUCGUCACAGAGAUCUGGGACUCAUGAUUAUGAGUACACUAUAAGACUAAUAAGCUUCAAUUUGAAAUUUUUUGCUGCUGUUUUCCUGCCCCAAGUGACCUCCCUUGGGUCUACUAUACCUUUCCCACUUAAAAAUCUUUGUUCGUGAUCUUUUAUUAGGCUCAAAAAAGGCAUUUUUUUUCCAUUUAAGAUUUUUCAGAAAGAAAACAAUUUGCCUUUGAUCCUUGAAAAGCAUUGAAUUAGUCAUUACCAAUUUACAGCAUAAAGGUCACAGAAUGAGUUUAAAAAAACACCAAUGAAAAGGAUUUGAUUUUUUGAAUAACUCUCUUCAUUCCUCCUCAACAGUCAAGUCAAAGAUAUAUGAGAACAGUGUGCUGAUUAAUAUUCCACAUGCAGAUAUUAAAAAAAAAGGGUCUAUGAAAAAAGUACAUCACAAAUCAGAGACAUUAAGAAUAAUUCAGGAAACAAGCGUCCUAUAACUUAAGAGGAGAUGGGAUAUGGAAGCAGGGACAUGCUUUCCUGGAAACAGCAUUUCUUGCAUUCUCUACAUCAAAAAUAAUAAACCUGGAAUUCUGAUUUCAAUAUUCGAUUUCACAGUCUCAUCAUUCAUGAUUCCUGAGCCUAGAUAUAAAUAUUUAUAAAUCUUACAAGGUUUGUAUCUAUGAAUCAUGAUUCAGCCUCUACCCACCAUGAGAGAAGUCUUGUCUGAACACAAAUUCAUGCACUUUUUAGGCAUGCCUUAUUAAAACUGAAGAAGAACGAAUUUGUUUCUUGAGUUAAAAUUCUUGCACAUAGACCUAUCGGUCAGUCAGUGUUUAUAGUGAAUAACAUGGUGACAAUGUUUACAUGAAAGUGUUAAUUGAAGUGCUCAGUGCAUUCUACCUGCAGGUACUCCCUUUUUAAACUAGCCUACAUGGGAAUACUUUGACCAAAAGGGUUACCGUUUUCAGGUUUCAGGCAUAUUAAUGGUAGGAAUUUCCACUAGUUGAAGUACUAUGAAAGGGUAGCGGAAAAGCAGAGUACUAGUGCUGCAUUCAUUAUGUAUACUGCAGGGGGAGUGGGGGGCAGAGGAUAUGUUUUAAAAGGCAAAAUGUUUUGAGAUCCCCCCCCACAUCAUACAGAAAUGGUGGAGAGAUUAAUGUUUAAAAUAGAAAACUAAAAACAAAAGGUAACCAAGGGUUCACAGAUUUUUGUGAAAUAAAAAUUUGCAAAGAAGAGGGUAUAAAGGUCCAAGUACUCUACUUUUUAAGGCCCAAAUUCUGUGUCAAAUCACUUUAGCAACUGAGGGAACUGACUAUCUUCAGUGGGGAUGCUCUUAAAUAUAUAGACUGUCAGUGAGAUUGUACCAUUCAUUAUUUAGAGAAGCAAAAUGUUGUUGAUUGUGAUGAUGGGAACGAUAAUGUUGUUAAUGCUGACGAUGAUGAUGACGACGAUGAUGGUGGAAAUGAAGAGGGUACUGAGAGUUUUGGUGACAAUGAUUAAGUUAAGAACAUGCCUUCACAAAGCAAGUUGCAAUGUGUUUUCAACAACAGAGGAUAAAGGGGACAGGGAAGGCAUCCCCCAUACACACCCUAUUCCAUAGGUAUUUCGUCUCGAGUUUUUUUUAACACCACAGAUCUCAAGGGGGAUAAGACAACAGCCAAUGACAUAGCGCGAAUGUGUUCCGCGUAGAUGACCGACGCUCAGAGCCACGCGUCCUUCACGAAUUGACGCAGAACAAAAUGGCGGAAUACGCGGAGAGCGAUAUUGCUAUUCGUUUUGUCGACGAAAACGACUACAAAGAGAUUUCUGCUAAAGCUGUGUCAGCGAAACGGAAAUUAAAAAAGAAUCGCCCUUCCUCUCUUGUAUAGAGGUAACAGUACAGCAGGGAAAUCCUUAACACACUGAAUAUUUUCUCAGGAUCAUUUAUAAUUUACAGUUUGAAGAGAGCAAUUUCUGGCUUGAUAUUUAUUUUUAAUUUAUUAGUCUUUUAUUAUUUAACAAAAAAAACAUUUGGAGUCCUACUUGCUUUAUUGUGCAAACGAGCGGUUUCAAAAGACCGGCGAAAUUUCUCAUUUUAUUAAAGCACUGAGGUUACGACAACCUCGAGUUAAACUGAUUUCACGGGUUGUCAAAGAGUCCAGCGAUUCCCUUUUCCCAGGUGAGCGCUGACUCAUUUCGCUUCAAUAUUCAGGAAUGCUCUCGACUCUUUACGCUUUCAUUGCCUUUCGCCCGACAUGUUUUGCACGGCGUUUAGUCAUGAGAAACCUCCACGAAACAUCCACGCAGCGCGCGAGGUAACUUUAUCCCGAUUCUAAAAAUAACUGGAGACGAAUUACCUAUCGAAUAGGCUGUGUAUGGGGGAUGCCUUCUCUGUCCCCUUUAACCUCUCUUGGUUUUCAAGCAUAAUUUAAAUUUGUACAGUUUAAUAACAUUCGUCGGCAAAUUUUAAACUGGUGACACGUUUUUCAAGUUGUGUAUGCUAUUUGAGCCAUCAAACACCUUAAGACAUUCCAGUGUUAACUUGUUUGGAAAGGAAUACUAACUAUAAAAUACUUUGCCGGGGCGUAGCCAGCCCAUAAACCUGUUAGAUUGUCAUGCAUAUGUGGAAAUGAAAAUCAGCCAGGCCUACAACUAGUCGAAAAGCUGGCUACGCCCCUGCCUUGUAUGGCUGUUAUGUUAGUUUAUAGAGCUCUAUUUCAGUCCAUUCAUUAGUCUUGAUUUCAGUGGCUAUACUGCUAAACAAAGAAACAACGGCAAUUUUCCAGUUAAAGAAAGAUUGAACUUUUCAUUGAAAUUUUGUAGUUGUUGUUGACUUAAGCUAAAAACACUUGACUUUUACAUUAAUAAUGAAAGUCCUGUAAAGAGUGUAUUUAUAAAGCAAAUAGGCUAGCAAACUUUCUUCAAGCAUAGAGUAAUUAAGAUGGUCUUCUUUUAUAAAAAAAAUCCACAAAACAAUGCUUCCUUUUAUAAUAAAUAGAGAAAAAACUUACCAACCACCGCUUCUUCUGUCAAAAAUUUUGGUAAACCCCCCAUGUCCCAUUCCAAAAAAUUUGAGAAUAUUUGUUGAGCUUGUGUCCCACCUCCUCUACCCUGCCCCAUUACCAUUUUUCGUAUGGCCUAACCCAUUUUUUCCGUAGCCUAAGAAAAUAGCCGACAUCACUGGUUUCAAAUUUUAAAAUUAAAACAGUAAACUGAUCCUUACGGCAGGAAGAGUGAUGGAAAAAAGUAGAAAGAAAACAAAAAUAAAGUGGUGAAUUAUAUUUGCCCGAAUAUUUGAGUUUGCAACACAAACCUUCAACAGGGGCUAUAAAAGAGAGGUGGAUACAGAUAAAAGAUGAAAGUUACAUAUGGGAAAAGGUAAAUGUCACUAAAAAUAAAUGGCCGCUCGUGACGGCUCCGCCGUCAAAUCUCUAUAUACAACGGCUCCGCCGCCAAAUCUCACCCGACCACUACCCAAUACCGCCAGCUACGCAGGCUACUGGUUUCCCGGCGAAAUGACGUCUCUUCGCGGGAAAACCAGUCGCCUGUCCCAGGCUCUCAGAUAGUGGGCAAGACGCGAAAGAGAAAGGCACGCGAAAAGUUGGCGGAGCGGGAGAAAGGGUUUCUUCCUGUUUUGUUUGUUUGUUUGUUUGUUUGUUUUUUUUUUCAUGUUCGUGCCUCAAGCAAACCAGCGGCGAUAACUAGGGGCUCGAAUUACGUACGCGCAUGCUUUUUCGCGCGAUAAUUUCCCUUCCUCUCGUUUUCCUGGUCGUUUACCAAGAAUAUUUUCAGUUUCGUUGGCUUUUUUCUGUAUUCAAUAACAUCGCCAUGAAUUGUCUUCUAGAGCCAAUCAUUGAGACUGGCAAGGAAACGUUUUGUGUAGAAAUAAUGAAACGCCUGGAUUGCCAGCGAAGGAACGAGCAUUUGUGUGAUGUGAUUCUAGAAGUAGGAUCCAGUGAAGAUCAAGUUCGCUUGAAAGCUCACAGGAGCGUAUUAUGUGCUGCCAGCCCGUUCUUUUACAAUGCUUUUAAUACAGACAUGAAAGAAAAGGAAGAAGGAGUCAUACGAUUGAAGGAUACAAACAAAGCUUUGAUGGAACAAGUGUUGGAGUUUCUGUACACAGGACAUGUUGAUAUCAAUGUCAACAACGCGUUCGAUUUAAUGUCCAUUGCAGAUUACUUUCUUAUUACCGGCCUGAAAUAUCUUUCCAGUAAGUUCAUUCAAGAAACGUUUUGUGUUUCAAACUGCAUCAUGGCGUAUUAUUCCAGCGUGAAGUAUAAAUGUUCAGAAUUACAAGAAGCCGCCAGAAGCUUCAUUUUUGCCAACUUUAUGCACGUGGCGAGAACUGAAGACUUCCUUAGUUUAAGCGCCGAGGAAGUUGAGGAAUGGAUUUCAAGUAACGAGGUAGUUGUCAAAGAUGAAGAGGAAAUUUUUACGGUCAUUUUGAGAUGGACGGAGAAAGCUGUUGAUAGAAAGCAAAGCUUCAGUACCCUAUUUCGUCAUCUACGUUGUUUGUAUAUCCCACUCAACUACCUUGUUACGGCGAUUUUACAACACGAGCUCGUGAAAAACGAGAAAAAAUGCAUGGAUUCAGUGCUUAAUUCCAUGAAAGAACUUUCUGAUGGAACAGAUGCAUGUUUUUUGAAGCAGUCACCAAGAAGUUGCCUAAGAACCCAAGAGGAAGUCAUUUUUGGUUUUGGAGGAGAAGAUGGUAACAAGUUGGUUUGUUACCAACCAUCUGAGAACAAAUGGUACCAGAUGCCAGGACCACAAUCCUGUCGAAAUAGAUUUUCUCUUACUACAACUGUUUGCAAAAGUAAGCUGUAUGUCAUUGGUGGAAGUACUGCAGAAUUUACAGUUGAACGGUAUGACCCAGUUGUAAACACUUGGUCACCAAUCAAGUCUUUCAAACCGAAAAUCAAGUUUCCUGCUGCUGUCACAUUCCAGGGUUAUCUGUAUGUCAUUGGUGGGUUAGAUAUGGAUGAGGAACCCUUGAACACAGUACAACGAUACAACCCAGACACAGACUUCUGGCAAGAAGUUGCGCCAGUUAGUUGUGGCCCGAGGUCUAGAGUAGGUGUUGUGUCUGAUGGAAGCUACAUCUAUGCAAUUGGAGGAAUGAAUUCAUUUGACAUAUUGAAUACAGUUGAAAAGGUUGACCCUAAAAUGUCUUCCUGGAGUGCAGUGGCAGCAAUGCAGGCACAAAGAAAACACCCUUGUGGUGUAAAUUUAAAUGGCAGAAUUUUUGUUUUUGGAGGAGUUUAUGAUGAGACUGGUGGAUGUCCUUGUGAGGUGUACGACAAAGAAGCAAAUAUUUGGACUGAAAUUUCAAAUAACUUCACCCCGAGAUUCCCAGCAAGUGCUGUGUAUUUCAAGGAGCAAAUUUUUGUGUUUGGUGGAUUUGGUGUAGAUCAGAGUUUUUUUCAAGAAAUGAUAUUACAAGUUUAUGAUGUCGAUGCAAAUGAGUGGAAGCCGUGCAGCAAUGCUUCACUUGGACCAUGGUUGUACAAACUUUCUGCUGGGAGGAUUUCCAGAGAACUUUUGAAUUCUUGUGAAUCAAUUUCAGUACUUUAA